UAUAGUGCACACAUGCGCACGCACGAAGGAAAAAUUCCAGUAGAUAUAUUGGUAACAGAAUGGCUGUGUGGUAUGUUGUUUUAAUUUUUGUAAUUUCAUUCUUGACAAUUUUAAUUUCGAAAAAAUGUCGACUAAAGAAACAGUUUCCCGGUCCGAAGGGCACACCUGUUAUUGGCGUGAUUUGGGGUUUAGAUCUUGCCAGUCUUCAUUUAAAGUUAUACGAAUGGAGUAAACUGUACGGUGAUAUUUUCCAAUUUUCGUGCCUGGGAAAAAAGUUCCUCGUCAUCAACUCUUCUGUUGUACUUCGAGAACUUUUCCUAAAGGAGCCCAAUUCAACUAUCACAGCAGAUCGUCCAGAAACGUUUUUUGGAAACUACAUUUACAAAAACAGUGACGUUGUGUUUGCAUCUUCAGACCAUAAAUGGGCAAGACGCAGGAAGCUGAUGUACAAAUUGUUGCAUGCUUAUGGGGAAGGUCUUGUGGACGUAGAAAGACAAAUCAGAUAUAACUUACAUUCUUUGACAGAGGAAAUUCGAUUGCUUCAGAACGGGACAAUCGAUCCAAGCAACAUUGUAGAGGAGUUCAUCUUAAACACAAUCGAAGUUUUGCUAGUGGGGAGAAGUUAUGGUCGACACGGGGAACUUCAAUGUCUGUUGGGGAAGAUGCAGCCAGUGGUCAAUGAAAUCGCCAAUCUCGGUCCGGACAUUGUAUACAGCACGUUCCCCGUUCUUCGGUUCUUGCCUCUACCGACUUCCAGAAAAAUUAAGGAUUUCAUUAAAAUGAAAUCAGAUAUGAUGGAAAUUCUAGAUCGGCUAUCGUGUGGUGAACCUGUGGGUGUGUACCGGGCUCUGAAGGACGCCACCACUGAGAGGGACGCCGCAGGGGAGCGGUGGUUUACCGCGGACAACCACUGGACAAUGAUCCAUGAUAUCAUAACGGGAGGGCAUCUAAGCACAAAGGGAACAUUACUGUCUCUCAUUCAUAUUCUGGCCAAAAGACCGGAUAUUCAGAAGUCCAUACAGAGUGAAAUCGACAAUGUCAUAGGUGUGGACAGAGAACCAGUUUUGGCUGACAGACAGCACUGCCCUCUAGUGACAGCAGUUAUCCUAGAAACGCUACGUUAUAUAUCACAUUUGCCCAUUGUAACCCAUAAUACGUCUAAACCUACACACAUUGAUGGGAUUCCAGUAGAGCGGAACACAACUAUUAUCGUGAAUCUGUGGACGAUGCAUCAUAAUGCUAAGGAGUGGGACAUCCCUUUUGUAUUUAAACCGGAGAGAUUUUUACAUGCAGAUGGCAGUUUGUUACCAUCAACAAAUACGAUCAGAAAAAGGAUGCUUGCCUUCGGAGUAGGAAAACGAGGUUGUGUAGGUGACGUCUUCGCCAUGUCCAGGAUUUUUCUGUUCGUAUCGACCCUCCUGCAACAUUUUACUAUUUUGGAGCCCAAGGAUGAACCACUACCAGAUCUCCUACCCCGGGAUUUGGAUCCAGGAGUUGUUUUACAAACAAAACCAUUCAAAGUCCGAUUUGUGAAGAGAAAUAAUAGAUAUUGAACAUGAGUACAAAAUACUACAAAUGGAAUAAAGCUCUGCAAGAAG